ACGCUCUUCCCGAUUCCCCGCACAGUCAGAAGAGUGUCGCUGCACCAUUCGAUUGGUCGUUGUGUCCUCGAAAUUUUCAUGUUAAUAACGAUUUUUCCAUUCGGCAAUUAGUGAUCAGUGAUUAACCGGCAGCUCAAGAGAUAUCCUCGUUGUGCUUAUCGAAUAAUCAACUGUCGCCCGAGUCUCUGAGGAAGUGAAUGGGGAAGUGCUGGGGUCGUCCUCGGGGGUGCUCGUCCAGGGGAGGAUUUUCGUCGUAGGAGUGAUAAUCGAGAAAGUAUCGGAGAAGCGAAAUAUGUCUCGUGGCCGCAUCAGUCGCAGCGCUAACCGGUUGCAAGAUCUUAAAAUAGUUUCUCCGGCGUAGGUAACUGGGAAUAUAACGUGAGAAAACCUCAAGUUGGAUUUUAACGAGGGUAUUCAAUAGUAUCAGGACACGAUGACGUGGUCCCGAGUGAUGACUCUAGUGGGAAUCACGGCGAUUCUCAUUCUCUCAACAACAAGGUUUACCUAUGCCUGUAAUGAAGCCAUUUGCGCCAGUGUCGUGAGCAAGUGCAUGCUUACUCAAAGCUGUAAAUGCGAUCUUGUCACGUGCACGUGUUGCAAGGAGUGUUUCUCGUGUUUGUCUUAUCUGUACGAUGAGUGCUGCUCAUGUGUUGAUUUAUGUCCGAAGCCUAACAUAACGGACAACCCAUUGAGUAAGAAAUCCCACGUCGAGGACUUCAGCGAACCCGUCCCGGGGCUUUUUCAGGCACUUACGGCCGAGCCUGAUUCGCACGAAAGGUGGAUAACAUUUACGUAUCCCGUGGAUUUUGAUGUUUCAAUGUACCAACCGAAGAACGACAAAGAGAUUAAAUAUCACAUGCAAACCGUCGAGGAAGUGCAUCACCCUCUUAAACCAAACAUAAUGACAGUAAACUGCACCGUGGCCUAUAUGGCUCAAUGUAACUCAUGGAACAAGUGUCGUGCAUCAUGUCAAAGCAUGGGGGCAACGAGUUACAGGUGGUUCCACGACGGUUGCUGUGAGUGCAUCGGUGACACGUGUAUAAACUACGGAAUUAAUGAAUCAAGAUGCAUUCACUGUCCCGCCGACAAGGAGGAGGACGAAUUAAAAGAGCCAUACGACGACUAUGGUCAGGACGAUGAUGAGCUUAUUGACGAUAAUCUCGAUUAAUCAAUGUUGACAUACACUAGAGGGGAAGAGAACGAAUUAUCAUCAGUGAUCUGCAGUUUUUAAUGAAUCCGGUGACAGUUAUUUCUUGAGUUCCUGCAGUUCUUAUAGAUCCAGUGACAAUUAUUCAUUGAAUUUCGUGCACUUUUUACUCUCUAAUUGUAUUAGUAGGUGUUAAUUUUAAAUACGAAAUUGUUGUUCGUACGAUGUUAAUAUUUAAAGGUGAGGGAUGUGGUAAAUUUAACUGGGGGAGGGUCAAUCCUUUGGAAGGUUUGAUGAUUUUUCGACGACAUAUGGAAAUCACUGGAACCACUCGUCUGUGGGAAUGGCUCAAAGUCAAUUCGUUUUUUUUUUGUAAAUGAUGAUUAUUGAUUUGACAGUAAAGGAAUAUUGUGCAGAUAUAAUUAAGGCUGAAUGAUUCCGUUAUUUUUUUACUCGUCAGUCGAUGUUUAGAACGUAUUGCAACGUUUUUUCCCAUCUUCAUUGUAAUUAUUUAUCGUGAUGCUCAUUCUGAGGGUACUAGUGCCAUAAACAUACGAAAGAAUAAUUUGUACAUAUGAUUUUAAAUGUGUGCAUCACGAGUAUGUUGAUUCAACAUAUAUAAAAGUUAAUUUUAUAUAAUAUAAAAUAAUAAAAGAGAGGUAAAGAUUCUCUGCGUGUGACAGUCUUGUUCAAUUCUGUUCGUCCGUUGAUUUUUUAUCGUCAUCAAUUUUUAUCGAGCAUAUUUUGCGCUGUUUUUAUAUUUUUCGCAUGAUAUUAGUUUUUCUCAAGUGACAAGAAUAUAUUAUAACCGUUGGCUAGACGUAAUUGUUUCUUUUUCGAUGACUUAUUAUUUUUUUUAGUGGCAAACUUCAAGGAUUUUCGAUAUUGACAUUUUAAAACUUUGUGAAGAAACUCAUGAAUGUUUUACUGAUUGAAACACUUUGAGUCUCUGGCUAAAUCUUUGACUCCAAAUAGAAUAGCAGAGAAUAAGUUAUACUCUUUCUUCAAUCUUGUAAAUACGACAGGACUUUCAAAAUUCUGCUGAAUCAAUUCGUUCCUGAAAUAAAUCCACAAUUACCAAAAA